UAUGGUGCUUUCAUUUUUAAUUUGCUUAAGGAAUCAAAGUCUCCAGAAGGUAGUCGGGAUGCUAACAGCAGUAGCGACAGUGGCGGUGGUGGUGCCGCUGCUGCUCCUGAAGACCAGGAGGAAACUGAAGCCUACUUCGAAAGUAAAGAAGUGACCUGUGGCAUCUGCAUGGAUAAAGUCUAUGAAAAGAUGAGCGCAGAUGAGCGACGCUUUGGCAUCCUGCCCAGCUGCAAUCACUCCUUCUGUUUAAGGUGUAUUGUUACAUGGAGGAAAACAAAAGACUUGCAGGAGGAGGUCAUCAAGGGUUGUCCUCAAUGCAGGGUGAAAUCUGCGUUCUAUGUGCCACAUAAUUACUGGGUAGAGGGCCCGGCGAAGGAAACUCUCAUUGCAUCCUUCAAAGAGAAAUGCAGAAAAAGAAGAUGUAGUUAUUUUCUGCGCCAUGGAUGCUGCCCCUUCAAAGCCGAGUGCAUUUAUUGGCAUGACGAAGUGCAACGUCGUCGUUCUGCACACUUGCUUCAAACGGACUACCUUGAAGAUAUUGACCCCAUGCACAUCCUGGAUUUCGUCAUGUCCAUCACCUUUUUGCACAUUGACGAUGAAGAUGAAUAUGAUCUUCCUUUUCACAUUACCCAUGGCCUCAGCUUCUGAGCCCUGUUGCCCUUCUGUACUCGUAGGACUUGUUCGAGCCUUUCUGCACUUUAGCCUGGGAGGGAGAAAUGUGACUAAAACUUAAUGGCACAUUUAUUUCCUCCUGGGAAGCAAGGCAACAGUCGUGUUCAUCCUCUGAAGCUGUUUGGUUGGACCCUUUUUGGGAAGGGAGGGGUAUCUUCAAAUAGGCCUGGUUACUUUGUAAUUGUUAUACAAAAAAUAUAUCUUGCUAAUUUGCACCAUUUUUAUUGUAUUAGGAAGGCAUUUUUAUUGUCUCAUACUUGCUGUAUUGUUCCCAAUCUUGCUGUUUUUUUUUCUUCAGAAUGCUAGUUAUGAUAAAUGGAUCUGUCGUUUUAUAGUUUUAUGACUAAUUGCUUGCAAACAAAAGAAUAAACAUUGUCUCAUA